AUGAAUGUUGAAGAUAAAAAACAAGAAAGAAGCAAGGCUAAAAUGGCGGUCACUGUCGCUGCGAGGCGUCUGAUCGGAGCCUACAACAGAGAUUGUGAAUAUGAUAUUUUAAAGAAUUCGAUGUUCGAACUUGAAAAGGUAUUUGAUGAUUUUUGCGUUAUAAAUGAGGAAUACGAACUCACUGUAUCUGACGAAAAAUACGCUGAACACCGUGUAGUUAAUGGUGAAGACAUUAUGACUUACAGAGACAAUGUAAAAAGGUGCUAUGAAGAAGCUAGGAGUGUAUUUGUUAGUGUAAAGACAACAAUCGAACAAAAAGCUAGACAACAAAGUGCUGGGCCUGUCAAAGUUGCCCUAAAGAAUGACAUUUGUAGAAUUCAUGAACUAAUCACAGUCGUUGAUGAGAGUUUCAAACUGGAAAAUGUGAAUAUGGCAGCUUUACAACUAGAUAAGAAUGAUCUACAGUCAAUUUUGAACAUAAUAUGUGAUAACAUGGCAAAACUUGGCUCGAUUGAAACACAAGAGCAAGUUAACCUAAUCCAAGAAGAAGUCGAUGCUAUUAUCAGAGCAGUUUACAAUUGCAUCAGAAAGAUAAACUUGUUUUUGCAUGAGCAACAAGCAUUUGUUAAAUCAUUACACAUUGAAACUGCCACUCUCCCCUCUGAAACCAACAUUCCCCCUGAGAACAUCAACACCGUAUUCCCCCCGGAGAUCAACACCAACAUCCCCCCUGAGGACACUGAGACCAUCAACACCAUGUCUCCCCCCGGAAAUCAACACCAACACCCCCCUGAGAACACUGAGACCAUCAACACCAUGUCUCCCCCCGGAAAUCAACACCAACACCCCCCUGAGACCAUCAACACCAUGACCCCCCCGGAUAUCAACACCCCCCCUGAGACCAUCAGCACCACUUCCCCCUCGGCAAUCAACAGCAAUAUCCCCCCUGAGCCCAUUUAUACUGCAACCCACCCUGAAAUUAUUGACACCCCUGCUAUCGAGACCAACACAAUUCCACCUUUGUUGCCAAUUAACGCUUCCCCCAUUAAUUACUCCAGUCCCUUUGGCACCCAAGUUACCACCAACAUUACAAAGGCCAACACCCCCCUACCAACCUUACCUGGGACCAGUACAGGUUUUUGCUUGAAUACAUCAGCUCAAACCUUCAUUCCCUCUACCACCUUUCAUUCGGAAAGCAGUUCCACAUCGGGACAAACGCAUUUGUCUCAGCAAUGUCAGAAUCCUACAAAUUUAUCAACAGGUUUCCCUGCAUUUGCAAUGCCAAUGGGAUCAAAUCUGCCAAGAGUGGCAUCCAGCUAUUAUAGCAACCACAAUCAGUCCAGGAGCAAUUUGUCAACCAGUCCUAUGUAUACAACCCCAUCUGGACAUCAACCCACAGUCCCGCUGAUUAAUACAAGACCUUCCCACCAAGAUUCCACCAUUCGGCUAAAAAGGAUGGCCCUACCCACAUUCUCCGGACUUAGGAAAGACUGGCCAGAGUUCAAGGCAGUCUGGAAGUCUAUGGCUGAGUCUGCAAGUUAUAAUAAAACUGCAUUAGCACACGAACUUAAGAACUCAGUUAAAGGAGAAGCCAAACACCGUAUCAAAUCUGUUUUUGUCACCAAGCCCGAAGCUUACGACAUCAUGUGGGAAAAGCUAGAGUGUCACUAUGGAGAUACCACUGCCAGUGUACAAGCUGCUUUGGAAGAUCUUCAAAGGCUAAAACCUGUAAAAGAAGAAGAUUAUAAAGCUCUGGUUGAAUUAGUUGAUGAAGUUGAAUCUGCCUACAGUCAAUUGGAAGAGCUCAACCAGCUAAACACUUUAACCAUGCGAGAUGUAGACAACCUAACUGAUUUGUUACCUAUCCAUCUUAAAGUCGACUGGAGACGAAAGUAUCGUGAUUUAUCGUCUGCCGAGAAGCUUCAACCAUUUACUCCGCUAAUGAAGUUCCUAGACAGAGAACGUUCAGUUGUGGCUCGUUUAGCAGAGAAUCAGCAUUCUAAGAAAAGAGAAAAUGACAAUGCAAGAGGAUACAGCAAAACCUAUCAUGUUGAAAGAGGUGCAAAACACGGACAAAGAACCUACUACAAGUGUGCCUUCCCCACCCACAGAAAAGACACCAUAAAUCACACCACCGAACA